CUGCUCUCUUCCGGACCCUUUCUCCUCCCCCAACUCCCAAUAAGACCGUCGAGCUCACGUGCAGGCACGUGCAAACAAAGGACGUGUCGUGGUCGAAGGAAUGGACUCGACCAGGUCGCCCACCGGCAGUGUGAGACGACACCUGCCACGCCGAUCGACGAGAGGGCCUCUCGAUGCUGCCGACGAUCCUUUAAGUCCAUUGGCCACCUCCAUCACCGUCCCAUCAGCAGCAGCAUCAACACAUUCAGGCGAAUCGGCCUCUCGUUUGUCUCUCGACACCACCAUCCCCGAUGACCCUCACCCCAGAUUCGACUUGGCUUUCCUGCAGAACCCUCCAAACUAUCUUCCCAUUCCUACUGACGAUCUACCCGAGCCAUUCUUGAAGUCCCCAAACCAACCGCCUGACAAUGCCCCACUAGAGGACUUAUUGCGACGUGGACUCUUCCGAAGAGCAGCCCAGAAAGCUUUGUUCGAUCUGUUACAGUGUGCUCCCACCGACGCACCUCGGCUCUUUCAGUUGCUCUACACGCGCCUUGCCUGCCUAGUCCUCAUAUUUCGAAGCGACAUUGCAACUCAUGAGUCCAUCAUCAUUGUCGACUUCCUCACCAAGACCCCGCCUGAUGAGUUGGUCAGCGUCAUCCCCUGGGAGUUGCGACUUCUUCUCGUCCGCUUGCACUCCAUCGCUGCCGCUGAUGGUGGGCGCAAGGGUAUCAUGUCCCUCUACGCCCUUGCAGCUGAGGCACGGCAACAUAUCAAAGCCGCUCAAGCGAGUAAUCGAGACGAGGAGCUCAAAGUAUGGUCAGUUCGUUUACAGGAUCUCGGCCUGCGGGUAGCCGAUAUGCUUGUUGAGAUGGGCGAGCUCGAGACGGCCACCCGCCAUCUGGACACCCUGACCGAUGUGGACACCCACGAGCUGGCUUACAGGAGAGCACUGCUGCAACUGGGAAGUGGGGAUGUCGCCGGGGCACGGACAAGCAUUGAUCAGCUACCAGAUUCGAUUGCAAAGGGGUCGCUGGAGGCCAUUUUCGACACCGCAUGCGGUGAUUAUACCAAGGCGAUAGAGCAAUGGCAGGACUGUGGUGAAAAAAGUCCCACAUACGCAUUGUCGACUUCCAAUCUGGCCGUUGGUUUGUUGUACACCGGCCGCAUCGCCGAAGCAAAGCACAUUCUGGAGAGUCUUGCAGCGCGGGUGCCUGCGUUUCCUGGGAUGUUGUUCAAUCUCAGCACCGUCUACGAACUCUGUACCGAACAAGCAGUCGCACGCAAGACUGCUCUUGUGCAAAGCAUCGCGACCAAAGACAUGACACCCGAUGCUGGCGGCUGGGAACGGCCGACGUUCGAGUUCAAGCUCUGAUCAGGCUUGACAUCUACGAAGUGACGAGUCUCGACUUGACUAAGUUGCAUGAGAUCGAUCAUUGCUAGAUAACUUAUAUAAUGUCAAACAAUGUCGUAUCCACUAAAUCUUCUGCCUCGGACC